AUGGCGGCUAUUUACCGCGAUGCAUUUAAUUCUGACACACUCGUUUACCAUAGGUGUUCUAUGGUUGACAGGAUAAAUGGAGGUCUACAACUUGGGUAUCUUCUAUUCGCUCAUGGCCAUGGUCCUAGCACAAAGCAACACAAGUUCGCUGGUAAUUUCGAUAUUGUAGCCAUGAAACAACCUACACUCCUCGGUACAAACCGCCUAAGAGUUACACCAGGACACCCCAUGGCCAUCGCCUAUGCUAUUCUUGAGGUGCACAAACUUGCACCGCAAGGCCUCCAAUAA